AUGACGACAAACGAAAAGAAUGAAUAUUCGGAAUUUCUCCACGACAUUUAUCUCACCGACGAUGAUUUAAGCAAUGAAGCCAAACGUCUAUUCCGUUUUCAUAGGGAAAUUCUUGAAAGUCUAAAUUAUUGUGGUCAUAGUGUUCUUUCCAAUAAUCUUCUUUCAUCAGGAGGAAAACAUAUUAUCUGUUCAAAGCUCAUUCGUAGUCACAAUAACGUCAAAAAUAUCCUUAACUAUUUAGCUACCAAACCAUUAGAAACAAAAGAAAAAAUCAGUGAUGUUCCAAUGAUUGUUAUUUGUGGUUUACCUCGUACUGGUACAACAUUAUUACAUAAUCUUAUGGCUUGUGAUCCAUCAUGUCGAGCUCCUCUUGUAACUGAUAUGACUAUGCAACCAAUUCCACCUAUUUUACGAUCAAAUAUUGAUGAACAUAGACGUCGAGCAAAAAUUGAAGCAGAUAUUGAAGCAAAAAUAUUCGAAACUGCCAAAUGUGACAUAAAAAAGUUUCAAAAAAAACUUUCUUCAUCACAUGCAUUGUUUUCUGUUGAAGAAGAUGUAUUUUUACUCGGUGAAGUUGGAAUACAACCUAUAUAUGCCAUUCUUGCUCCCAAAGAAACAAAUCUUCACACAUUGUACUUUAAUCAACAUAAUAAAGAUUUUGCAUACAAAUAUCAUCAGACUGUUCUACAAAUGUUACAUGAUGUUGAUCCACCACGCACACAUUGGCAAUUAAAAAGUUCAGUACAUACAUAUUAUAUUGAUACAUUACUUAAAUAUUAUCCUCAAGCAUCAAUUAUUAUGUCUCAUCGUCGUCUUGACGAAGUACUUCCAUCAUUAUAUAGCUUUUGGCUUUCUGCUUUUUCUCAUUAUUUUAAUGAAGAUGAAUUAAUUAAUUUGAAGCUAGUAUUAGAUCAAACAGUUCCAACAUCUAUCGAUAUUCGGAUAGAUCGUAUUAUCGAAUUUCAUAAACGAGAACCAUCUUCAAAAAACGUUGUCGAUAUUCAAUAUGAAGAUUUAAUGAAAGAUCCAAUUGGUACUGUACAUCGUAUUUAUGAUCAUUUUGAUUUCUUAAAAUGGUCUGAUGAAUUUGAAGAAGCAAUGCGUAAAUGGUUAAUCGAUAAUCCUCAAGGAAAACAAGGACGACAUUCAUAUUCUUUAGCUGAAUUUAAUUUAGAAACACAAACGAAUAAACAACUUUAUAAAGAAUAUGAAAAAAUGUUUCUUUCAAAAUAA